AUGCAGAGAGUCAUCCAACGGACGACUUCCGCUCGGAAGCAGGCUUUAAAACGAUCCAUCAAAGCCCAAGAACGACAGGAGUUGCUGGACCGCAUUCAGAUCAAGCGUGCGCGGAAGGACUUUGGUGCUGCACUGUCAUCUCAAUUCCAAGAGGCCCGGAAGAAUCGAUGGGAAGAUUGGGAAAAGGGUCCCCUUGCUCCCAUGCGAGACUCCGGCCUUGACCGCACCACGUAUGGUGGCCUGGAGGGCUCCGUUUUGCACCCUCCGCGUCUCCCUAAACACGAACAACGCAGACAUGUCCUCUUCGCCGAAGGUGAUCGUGUCUGUGUCGUUCGCGGACAGGACCAAGGAAAGAUCAAUGUGAUCACUCAGGUCAAUCGCGAGAGCGAAACUGUCCUCAUCAAGGACAUCAACAUGCGCGACGUUAUCAUCCCCGAGUGGGCCAAGGAUAGAAUGGCCCAUCAAAUCGAUACACAACCCCAGUCAUUCCCAGUAUCCUUCAGCGAUAUCCGACACGUCAUUCCGCUGGAAGACACCGAAACCGGGAAGAUGCAACAAGUCAUUGUCAAGCACGCCUAUGCUGCCGGCCCUUACAAUGAGAGAGGCCCACACAGCAAGCUUCCCAGGUACACUCGUUAUGUCUCCGGCCUUGACAUCGAAAUUCCCUGGCCGAUGGAGGAGGAGCCUACUUUCACCGACGGUGAAAUGGAUACAUCCCGAAUGGAAGUCGAGGCUAGCACAUUUGUCGCCUCGCUAGCCGAGCCACCGAUGCCCUCGACUGUGAUUGACGAGCUGCGCAACAAAUACUCCAAAUUCCGUACUCGCCACGACCCCGAAUACCUGAGAGAGAAGAUGACCGAGGACUAUGAAAAGGAGUACAGAAAUACCGUUUCCUUGUCCACACCGCAGACCGAUGCUAUCAAAAUGCGGGCCGCCAAAGCCCUCGAGAGGAGGACUGCAAACCUGGACGCCGAUGGCAAUAUGCAAUUGUCCCAGGAUACUGCCGAUUUCAUCAACAAGUAUCUCCAGAACGGGGGCGUGGUUCAGAAGCAACCAACUAAAGCUUCUCGAAAGGGCAAGGCUACAGCAGGCGCAAAGCACGCCAAAAAGGGCAAUGCGGAGAAGACCUCAGGGGAGGUUGCGCCAGAGGCCAAAAAGGCCGAGGCUCAGGAGACUCAGGCUGAGUCCCAAAACGACAAGGAGACCUCCUGA